AUGAUCCACAUCGAGGCGUCCUCCGUCGAGGCGGCGGUCUCAUCCACGCUGCCCGUUGCCGCGGUGUGGCUAGCGACAGCCCUGGCGCCCGCGAUCGUGCUGAUCGUGUGCCUCGGCCUCGCUCCCGCAUUCGGGCCACCGCGGCGCUCCCGAAGCAGUGUUGCGUCGGCAAAGCAGCCUGAUUCUGAGGUGCUCAAGGUGGUCGAAAGCGCCACCGCCGCCGCCGCCGUCGCCACCGCCGCGCCCUUUCAGCGGGCGAGCGAGGUCGCCGAGACAGCGUCCGCCGUGCAGCGCCUCCUCGAGGACGACCGCUACCUCGUCGCAGAGCCGCUGCUCCAGCGCCUUCAGGCCACGGCCGUGAGCGGCGGCGCUCCCGCCCGCGCGUCCGCCCGCGCGCUCAGCCAGCUGCCGGCGAGCCUCCCGGCCGCGACGGUGCUCCAGCGCUGCGUCGAGGCGCGCGCGGCGCUCGCCUCCAUCUGUGGCGCCGCCGGCUGGCGGCUUGUCGCGUCGACCGAGCGCGAGUCUCCGGCAGUGCCGCGGAGCAGCACCUUCCUCAAGCGCGAGGCGGGGCUGAUGUGGUCGAAGACGGUGGCGCAGCUGGCGGUGCCGGCGGUUGACGCGUGCGCGGUCGUGCGCGAGUCGCAACUCUUCAAGACGUACCCGUGCUGUGUCGAGAGCGAGCGGCUCGCGGAGGUGGGACGCGCCGAGGGCCUCUUCCGGGUGGAGCAGCGGUACGAGUUCCCGCUGGUCCCCGUCGCGCUGCGCGAGGACAUCGUGCUGCAUGGCUUCCUGGAGCACGGAGGCCUCCUCGUCUGCGGCCGCUCGCCGAAGCAGUCCGAGUGGGCGGACGUCCGCUUCCCGCCAAAGCCGCCCGGCCGCUACUCACACUUCCUAGGCCGCUACUCGUGGCGCACCGACGUGACCGCGCUGCAGUUCUUUGUCGAGCCGUGCGGCGGCGCGGGCUGCAAGAUGACGCUGCAGCUCGGCGUGGACGACCCGGGCGACGCGUGCCCAAACUGGCUCGUCGACGCGCUGAUGAAGCGAGUGAUCGCCCGCCUCUUCUCGGCGCGCGAGCCAUCCACCAUGUCGGAGCUUUGCGAAGCGGAGGACGACGAGGAGUCUGAUCUGAUCCUGCCGCCUCGCUUCGCACGGCGCAUCUGGCUCGUCUCGUGGCUCGCGCUCAGCUCGGGCUCCGCCGCGAUUGCCAACGGCCGGCGCGACUGCGCGGCGCUGAGCGUGCUCAUGCUGGCCACCUCGCUCAACUACUGGCGGCGGCCGACGCACGGCCCGCGCCGCACCGUCGACAUGGCGGCCGCCGCCGGAUCGCUCAUUUACCAGGUUGCUGCGGUCGCACCAUUCUCUCACUGCCCGAUCGCGGCCGGAGCCUACCUCGCCUCUGUCGCGGCGGGCGCAGGAUGCUACGCGCGCGCGCGCCUCCUCUCACGCCGCCACGGCGACCGCGACUCGUCCAGCUGGUGGCACGUCGGGCUCCACCUGUGCGGUAACGCGGGCAACGUGCUGCUGUACGACGCGGUCGGGCGCAACCUCGUCGGGUGGCGGCGGCGGUAG